GGCUCUAAUUUUUUUUUUUCUGUUCUGUCUACCUUUCUCUCUCUCUCUCUCUCACGCACUUACACGCAAACACAUACACAUUCAUAUUCCCGUUAUUUUCUACUUUUUUUUUAUUCUCUUUUCUUUUAUUUGACCACUUCUUUUUAUUGAUAUUUUUAUCAUGGCCUUCAAGGAUAUUAAGAAGGCAGCUCAUCCUCAACUUUUACCAGAUAUUCCUUCUGAUACUUCCAAUAUGCAAGAACCUGACUCAUUCGUAAAAUCUACAAGACCAAGUGUAAAAGAUGAAACUCUCUUCAACCAAUUUUUACCUAAAUCCAAUGACCUUGAAACUGAACACGAAGCUGUCUAUCAUUGGAAUAUUACAGAUUGGAAAUCCUUGGAAGCAAAAACUAGAAGUCCUGCCUUUCAAGUAGGUGAUAUAUUUUGGCGAAUCUUAUUGUUUCCCAAAGGCAAUAACCAAAAUGACUUUAUCUCUGUCUAUCUGGAAGUAUCUGAUCCGGUGGAACAAGGACUCAAAGAUAAUUGGCAUCAUUGCGCGCAAUUCACCUUGGUGGUAUCCAAUCCUGAAGACCCAACGAAUUACUAUAGUAAUAAUGCUGACCAUCGAUUUUCUCAAGAAGAAGUGGAUUGGGGAUUUACUAGAUUUUAUGACCUCAAGUUAUUACAACAGAACAUGAAGGAUGGAAAGGGACCUUUCUUAAUCAACAAUCAAAUCACCAUCUCAGUUUUUGUACGUUUGGUAAAGGAUGAAACAGGUGUAUUGUGGCACAACUUUGUAAAUUACGAUUCACGAAAGGAAACUGGCUACGUUGGAAUGAAGAAUCAAGGUGCAACUUGUUAUAUGAACUCUUUAUUACAAUCACUCUAUUGUACCAAUCUUUUCCGUAAGGCCGUAUAUCAAAUUCCUACCGAAAAUGACGAACCAACAAACAGCGUGGCAUUGGCAUUACAACGAUGUUUCUAUAAUUUACAACAUGAUGAAUCUCCUAUUGGUACUACCGAAUUGACCAAAUCUUUUGGCUGGGAUUCUGUGGAAGCUUUUAUGCAACAUGAUGUACAAGAAUUUAAUCGUGUUUUGCAGGAUAAUCUUGAAGUCAAAAUGAAGGGUACACCUGCUGAUGGAGCUAUUUCUGAUUUAUUUGAAGGGAAAAUGAAAAGCUAUGUCAAAUGUAUUAAUGUGGAUUAUGAAUCAUCACGGGUGGAAGAUUUUUAUGAUAUCCAAUUGAAUGUCAAAGGGUGCAAAAAUUUAUAUGAUUCAUUUCAAGAUUAUGUGGCCAUGGAAACAUUGGAAGGUGAAAACAAAUAUCAUGCUGAAGGAUUUGGAUUUCAAGAUGCGAACAAAGGGGUUAUAUUUGAAAGUUUCCCACCAGUACUCCAUUUGCAAUUAAAACGCUUUGAAUAUGAUUAUAUGCGAGAUACAAUGGUCAAGAUCAAUGAUCGACAUGAAUUUCCUGAAGAAAUCAAUCUUGAUGAAUUUGUAUCCAAAGAUGCUAAUAGAAGUGAACCAUACGAUUAUGUUUUACAUGGCGUACUUGUACAUAGUGGCGAUCUUCAUAGUGGACAUUACUUUGCUUUGAUCAAGACAGACAAGGAAGGAAAAUGGCUACGAUUUGACGACGAUCGUGUGACACCAGUGACAAAGAAAGAAGUCUUUGAAGAAAACUUUGGUGAUGAUGCAGUGGUUAGUCCUGGUGGUAACAACUUUUCUCUAUUGAAUGGUGGUCCUCUAAGAACAACAAACAAUUCUAGACUGAUGAAACGAUUUACAAAUGCAUACAUGUUGGUGUAUAUUCAACGUAGUAAAUUAAACAAAGUCUUGGCUCCAGUAUUAGAAUCCGACAUUCCCGAACAUCUGAAACAACGAAUUACUGAAGAACGAGUAGCUGUUGAGAAAAAGAGAAAGGACAAGGAAGAAAUGCAUUUAUAUGUCAAGGCAGCUGUGCUGACAGAUGAAUUAUUUGAAGAUCGACAAGAAUUUGAUUUGGCUACGUUUGAUGAUCGUCUUUUACAAGCAUCACCAGGUGUAGAAAUAUUCAAGGUGCUGAAAUCAGAUACAAUCGCAUCAUUUAAAGAUACAUUAGUGAAACAUUAUAAAUUGGAUAAGGACAAGGUACGACUAUGGAAUGUGAUCUAUCGAACAAAUGAAACUGUCAGAGUAGAUCAACCAUUUACACCCGACGAAGAACGUGGAACCAUGGAAAGAUUACGUGAAAACUCAUGUACCUCUACACAAUUUAGUGGAUUUGCUAAACUCUAUUUGGAACAUGUGGCAUCCCCUGCGAAACUAUUGGAACUCAAGUCUGAUGAUAUAUUGAUAUUCAUAAAGUACUUUGAUGUGCAAAAGCAAAAAAUUCGGGGUUUGGGACAUACAUUUGUUAAAUCAAACGAAAGAGUUGGAGACCUUAUUCCUACAUUAAACAAAAUGAUCAAUCUACCUUCAGACACAUCCAUUGAUUUGUAUGAAGAAGUCAAACCAUCCAUGAUCGAUAAAAUGAAUCUGAAGCAAACUUUUCAUCAAUCCGAAAUUCAACAUGGUGAUAUCAUUUGUUUCCAAAUAUCAGUAUCAGAAGAAAAAGCAUUGGAACUUCAAAGUCAAGGGAAACUUGCAACAGUACGGGAUCAUUACAGAAGUGUACUCAACCGGGUAAUGGUUCUCUUCAAACAUAAAUUCGACAAACGCGACGGGAAGGAAGUGAAACUUGUGACGGAUCGAUUUGCGGACUAUACAAAGGUGGUGCAACAACUAGCGGAAAAGCUUGAUGUCGAUUGGAGCAAGAUUCGAUUGACCUCAGCACAUGCAGUGUCACACCAGCCCAAAGAAGUGAUACCAUUCCGAGCUCGUUUACAGCUGAGCCAAAUGGCUUUUGGUUUACCUCGUGCGCAUGAUUAUGUACAUGCUGUCAAUAUGGAAUCUAUCGCGCCGUUGCCGGUGAUAUAUUAUGAAAUUUUGGAUGUCAGUAUGGCGGAUCUGGAAUCGAAGAAGACAUUACAAUUGAUCUUACUUGGACCUGGUGGAUUACGUGAAGAAACAACCGUGGCAGUAUUUGUUCCUUCUAUUGGCACAGUGACAGACAUUAUUUCUGCUCUUGAUUCAAAAAAAUGCAAGUUGGAUAUCUCACAACCUGAACUAUUACGAUUAUAUGAAGUCAUGGAUGGGAAAAUCACGAAAGAAUUCUCUUUGGAUCAACCUAUUGAUAAUGUGGGUGAUAAAAGAGCCACUUUAUAUUUGGAGCGUAUACCUGAUGAUGAAUUGUUAAUGGAUAUGGACAAUGAUCGUUUGAUUCAAGUGGUACAUUACAACAAGGAUCCUAGUCGACUACAUAGUGUUCCUUUUCGAUUCACAGUCAAAAAGGGAGAAUUAUUUGAUGAAACCAAAAAAAGAUUGCAACAAAGAUUAGGUUAUGGCAAUAAGGAAUGGCAAAAGGUCAAGUUUAGUGUGAUCAAGAAUAUUCAUUCACUGGAACCUGAACUUGUCUAUCUCGAAAAAGAUGAUCUUAUACUUCGUGAUACCAAGAUUGGUGAGGAUGAUGCACUUGGAUUGGAACAUAUAGACAAAACAUCAAAAACUGGACGAUUCGGUGGGGCAUUCGAACGAGGCAUCUUUAUUCGCGGUUGAACAAUAUGAGUAUAUCAGCAAAUGUUGAUAUAGUUUUUUUUUAUAUUAUUAUUUUUAUUGUUAUUAUUAUUAUUAUUAUCAUGAACAACGGCGUCAAUACACUUUAUACACAUCUAGUUAGUUUGCUCGUUUAGUUAGUUUAUGUUACCUUCAAUAAAAAUAAUAUUCUUCUUG